AUGAGUGGCAUCGAAAAACCAACAAAUCAGAAGCUCGAGGAGCUGGUGGAUAGAGCAGGAGUCGGGAAACUCGUUCUAGAGGACCCAAACUGUGUGGUGUGCGACGAUGUGUGGACGGAAGAACGCGAGCGUCUGGCACGCGAGCUUCUGAGCCAGGACACGUCAACGAUUCCCGAAUUCUGGCAGAAUAAAUACGAAAAAGAGUCUGCUAAGAGUUGGGAUAAGUUCUACAAGCGCAAUUCAACUAAUUUCUACAAAGAUAGGCAUUAUCUUCACCUGGUGUUUAAGGAUCUAAGCGUCGUACCCGAAGGCGGCGAGACGAGGACGCUGUUAGAGAUUGGAAGUGGUGUCGGAAAUGCGGCACUUCCUUUAUUGAAAAUCAAUCCGGCGCUUCAUAUUGUGGCCAUCGACUUUGCCGACUCAGCCAUUGACCUACUUAAGAAGCAACCUUUGUAUGAUCAAAAUCGUGUGAGUGCUUCAGUUUGUGACAUAACCAAAGAUCCGCUACCAGAUGCCGCAUUUGAAAAUGGCGGUGUUAAUUAUGCACUCUUUAUGUUCUGCUUAUCGGCGCUUCACCCAGACAAGAUGAAGGCCGCUGUAAUGAAGGUGGUUGCAGCAAUCAAACCAGGAGGCAAGUUGUUUUUUCGUGACUACGGACGGUACGACCAAGCGCAACUUCGCUUUCGCUCUGGUUGUAAAUUGCAGGACAACUUUUACGUUCGUCAAGACAAUACACGAGCGUAUUAUUUUACAACGGAGGAGAUUAAAGAAAUUUUCACUGCGGCAGGCCUAUGCAUGGUAGAAAACGAAUACAUACGUCGACAAUACGCCAAUCGACAGCAAAAUGUCGUUCGCUUUCGAGUGUGGGUACACGCAAUUUUUGAGAAGCCUCAAUAG